AUGCUGAAGCAUUCGCUGCAAUGCUCCAAGAGGGGGCCAAACCUUCAACAAGAGAAUGUGGUGAAACCGGGCGAGAAUGGCCAAUUGAAAGCGGUUGAAAAGGAGGAUCCGUUCAAGAAUUUCAUCUACGAUCCUCGCGCGGUGCCAAUUGAGAUCAGUGAUGAGAGUAUGGUGGAAUCUCCACCACUCCAGUCCACUUUGGAUCCACAAGCCGUUGCAUUCACUCCUCCAACAGUCGGCACCGCUGCCGUUGAGCUUGAUCCGCCAGCCGCCUCCUUCACUCCAUCAACAUUGCCUGGGGUCGACACCGCUUCUUCUUCUUUGGGUCAACGUGCUGAGCUUCAAGUUCAACGUGAGAUUUCACGCGAGGCGCCCACCGACGCUCCUUCACUGACGCAUGCUCGUGCCGUGGAAAAUUUGAUUUCUGGGUCGUUGGAGCAGGUCUUGGUUGGUCAACGAUCCGGAAACGAUGAGGAUAAAAUCACCGACGAUGAAGCUCAAGCUAUUCGAGAAGCUUGCACGCGUUUAAAGGCAACCUUGGGCGAAAAGGAAAGGGAGGAGGAGAUGAUGUACACGAAGCUCGGCGAGCAGCAGAUGCAAAUGGAAGAAUUACGCAAAUUGAUUGCAAUGGAGAAAGCGAAACGCCGAGUGAUCAAACGGAAC